GACCCAUGUCCCAUGUCCCAUCCCAUUCAAUUCCCAUCUCCAUUCUUUCCCUCACCGAUCAACCCUUAAGAAAGUUCCCCCUAAAAUCGUCGGCAAUGUCAUCGCCGGCGAUUCUUCCAAUCAACGACACGACAAGCAGCACUCCAAUGACAACCCCCGCCUUCCGCAGCUUCCUCUCCCGCCUGACCACCUCCGCACGCCACACCUUCUCACAAGCCCGUCCUUGGUACGAACUCAUCGACCGCACCGCAUUCUCUCGUCCCGAAAACCUAACCGACGCCAUCUCCCGCAUCCGCAAAAACGCCUCUUACUUCCGCGUCAAUUACCUCACCUUAAUUUCCGCCGUCCUCGCUCUCUUCCUCAUCUCCCACAUUUUCUCUCUCCUCGUCCUCCUCUCUCUCCUCGCUUCUUGGUGUUUCCUCUACUUCUUCCGCCCUUCCGAUCAACCUGUUCUCCUCUUCGGCCGCACCUUCUCCGACCGCGAAAUGCUUGGGAUUCUCUCUCUUUUGACUGUCAUCGUUGUUUUCUUGACCAGCGUUGGAUCCUUGUUGAUCUCCGCUGUUUUGUCUGGUUUGCUUGUUGUUUCUGCGCAUGGUGCGUUUAGGGUUCCUGAAGAUCUCUUUUUGGAUGAACAAGAGGGGCCUAAUUCUGGAUUGUUGUCUUUCCUUGGUGGUGCUGCGUCUUCCGCUGCUGUUGCUGCUGCUAGCAACAAUGUUUCUGGAAGAGUUUGAUUUUUUCCCAGGUAUUAUUGUUUUCCAUUCGAUCUGCUAUUAUUGGGGGGAAAUUUACCAAUUAGGGGCAAAUUCUUUGUUUCUUAGGGUUUUUCCUGUUACUGUUGAUGAUCUGGAGUUAAUGUAAGAAUUUGAGAUCCUCUUCAUUCAGAUCUUCUUUUGAUUACUUGGAUAGUGAAACUGUAAUAUUUACUUUUUAUUAGUAUGACGAGCUUGUUUAAUGAUUCAAUUCUUAGUUA